AUGUGGUUCCAGGGGCGUUGGGCCAUAUUGGCGACCCUGGCCUUUGCAGAUGCCUCGGAGCUUCCAGAAUGGUUGGACCGUGGCUUGGGCCACGUGCGCAUCGCUCACGAGGAGCGGACUGGUCGUGGUCUUCAGGCGACCAGCGACUUCGCCAAGGGCGAGGAAGUGUUGGCGGUUCCCUUGAGACAUGUGUUUGCAUUGGAGAACUUGGAGAAUUUUUUCGCAGAACAUCCGACCUCAGAGAAUUUGAAGGAUGUCAUGUCUGUACUGCAAGAUUUACAGGACAAUUCGAAGUUACUUCCCUUGGACUCCUUAGCAGUGGCUCUUGCUGCUUACAGAUUUGCGGACUGGGGGAAGCUGCUACCACAGGAGAUGGUGCACCAUCCACUCUUUUAUACAGAAGAUGAUUGGAUAUUUGUCGAGAACUUGGUGUCCUCCGGCGUGUUGCGGUCGGUUUGGAAUGAUUUCCUGCAAAGCUGGCAGCGGGUCAAGCCGUUGAGGCCAGGUCUCAACCAAUCGGACUAUCAAUGGGCUCAUGCGAUCCUACGUAGUCGUGGACACUCCCUUCGCAUCCGUCGAGCCGAAGGGCCUUGGAGUACGAUUUGGGGAUUGAUACCGUUGGCGGAUUUCUUCAACAUGGGAGAGGAUCCAAAUGUUGAAUGUUCAACUAGAUACGUUCCUGGCUUGUGGGGCUUUCAGGGAAGUUUCUCCUGUAUCACCCGGCGGGCCGUUCGCAGAGAUGAAAAUCUUUUGGUUGAGUAUAUCUCCAGCAGCGAGAAGCGCACAAGUGCUGUGAUCCUGCGCGAGUACGGCUUCGUUCCAGCCGAGAACGUGCAUGACGCUCUUUGCUUUCUUCCCAGCGACUGUGCCAUACUGUCAUGCAUGACUUGCACGCAAGAGUUAGCGCAGCUGGAAGCACAGCUCGGAGAGUCGGAGGGUCGGCGAUUCAUCCAAGAGGCCUUCGACCGCCAUGCAUUGCUCACCAUGUCGCCCCGGGUGGAUUUGAAUCUCCUCGCCCGGCAUGAGCACCAGCUACUGCUUUCGUUGCGGGGGGAACUGGAGCGGUCUCAAACUCCCAAAGUCUUGUAUCGCCAGUGGCGGAGAAUCACCGAUGAUUGGGAGAGACCACGGAACUCCGAUGAACCACGGAACGAGGCAGGGAAACUGCUGAACGUCUUGCGAGACCCCUUGCAAUUGCACACGGUCGCUUGGGACCAAGCUGUGUGGGAUGCCGGUCAGCACUUGUUGAAGGACUGGGACGAUCUCUUGGCUUCCGAGCUCCUCUUCAGUCAUCACGACUUCGUGCCGGAGCUCGAACAGCUGUUCCGCCGAAAGCGGCACACGGCACUCGAGAUGCACUCGCGCGAUCAGUCCAUGCUGCAAUGCGCGUUCUCCGCACAAGCGUUGCUGAACGGCUUUGCUUGGCCCAUCAGUGAUCCAGAGCAUGCACAGUUGCGGGAGGUCAAAGACGGGCAAGUGAGGUCCAUGUAUUUUCCAGAGCCAAUCGACCACACUAUUUGCCCCAGAGCCUUUGCAUUGCAAGCUGAAAGAGAGUGGGAAAUUAAUGAGCCGAUUCGAUCAUGCUCUGGUUGGAGCGGUGGAGAACCUAAAGUUCAUUAA